CUAUCACAUGACAAAGGCUUUGAGACAGCUUCAUCUUCCUCUGUCUGUAAUUUCCAUUUGCCUUCCUGGGUCACAGUAAUGAAAGGCAGUAGUAGGAAUAAGGAUCAUUCGACAGAAGGAGAAGGAACCGGGAAGCGACCUAAAAGAAAGUGUCUUCAGUGGCAUCCCCUGCUUUCCAAGAAACUCCUUGACUUCUCUGAAGAGGAGGAAGAAGAGGAGGAAGAGGAAGAUAUUGACAAGGUGCCACUCCUUGGCGCUGAUGGUUUAGAGCAGGAUGCUGAUGAAACUGAAGAUGACGAGUCCUCAGAGCAACGAGCUCGCCGACCAAUGAAUGCAUUUCUCUUGUUCUGCAAACGCCAUCGCUCUCUCGUGCGAAAAGAACACCCUCGCCUCGAUAAUCGUGGCGCAACCAAGAUCUUGGCAGAUUGGUGGGCUGUUCUAGAUCCAAAAGAAAAGCAGAAGUACACUGACAUGGCCAAGGAGUACAAGGAUGCAUUUAUGAAGGCAAAUCCAGGGUACAAGUGGUGCCCUACAACAAACAAACCUGUGAAAACCCAGACAUCCACGGUUACAAACAGGAAAAAGCUAUGGGCCUUUGCAUCAGACUCCGCGAAAGAUUUACCAAGCCCGAGGAAAGUUACAAAAAGUGAAGAAAUGCCACAGCUUAACUUCGGGAUGGCAGAUCCUACACAAAUGGGAGGCCUGAGUAUGCUGCUUCUAGCAGGGGAACAUGCCCUGACUGCACAAGAGGUUUCCUCAAGUACUUGCCAAUCUGAUGCAACUAAUUCUACGGAAACCUGUCAGAAGUCAUCAUUAUUUCAGUUUGCAGAGAUCUCAUCAAAUACUUCCCAGUUGUCAAGUCCUGAGCCAGUAAAGCACUGUGGGAAGUCGGCACUCUUCCAGUUGGCAGAGAUUUCUUCAAGUACAUCCCAUUCAGGUCCUUCUGAUUUAACAAAACAGUGUGGAACAUCAGCAUUAUUUCAGCUGGCAGAGAUGUGCCUUGCUUCGGAAGGAGUAAAAGUGAAAGAACCUGGGAAAACAAAAGUGGAAGCUCCGGAAGAUGUGGGAAGGGAAGUUCCAGAGGAAAUGGAAGUAGAAGAACUGGAGAAAACAACAUUAAAAGACUCCUGUAAAGGAAAAGUAGAACAAUCGGAGAGAGAGAAAAUGCAAAACCGGGAUGAGACAAAAGCUGAGGAAUCAGAAACUGCAAAAUGCAGAGAUUUUACUAGUCUUGCAAUGGAGAGCAGUGCUUUUGAGAGAAACGAUAACGCAAAGGAUCACAUGUGCUGUUCUCCAGAGCUUUCAAUGGCUGACAUGAAUAUCCUCGGGCUAAAGCCAGAAAAGAUAAAGAAGAAAAAGAAAAAAAAUAAGUUGGACCGGCACACAAAUGAAAAAUCUACCCCCAAGAAACCUUGUAAAAAGAGGCAGUCCUCAGAGUCGGACAUUGAAAGUGUAAUGUAUACAAUUGAAGCCGUUGCAAAGGGGGACUGGGGUGCUGAGAGACUCGCGGAAACUCCCCGCAAAAAAAACCGCCCUGUCUCAAAUGUGAAGGGAAGCAUGUUGGAUACAAAAUCACCAAAGAAAAAAGUGAAAUCAAAAGAGAAGAAGACAUCAAAGGAGAAACCCACGGAGACCACCAAAGAAUCAAAGCCUCCCGAUUUCCUUAGUAUUGCAGCCAGCAAGGAAGUUCCCUGUGAGGCUUCUGAUAACAUUAAAGUGGAACCACUGACCCCAACAGAGGAGGUGGUACCCCAAAGCUUACCAGGACAGGUCAAAACUGAGGACAGUGACUGUGUUAAAAAGAUAGAAACCUGUGGCUCCAGGAAAUCGGAGAGAUCUUGCAAAGGUGCUCUUUAUAAAACUCUGGUGUCAGAGGGCAUGCUCACAUCUCUGCGCGCUAACGUGGACAGAGGAAAAAGAAGCUCAGGAAAAGGCAACUCCUCAGAUCAUGAAGGAUGCUGGAAUGAAGAAAACUGGGCUUUUUCCCAAAGUGGGACAAGUGGGAACAAAAAACUGAAAAAGCCUAAGCCAAAGGAAGAGUUUGUUUUUGGCUUAGCAAAGUUGGAAGAAGAAUUUGAAAAGAAAUUCAACAGCCUCCCUCAAUACAGUCCUAUUACCUUUGACAGGAAAAAUUCAGCUGUUCCAAGGAAAAAGAGAAAGGUUGGAAGCGGCUCAUCUGAACAACCAAAAUCCAACAAAGGUUCAUUCCAGUCUCAGAAAAAGAACUUAUUCCACAAAAUUGUCAGCAAAUGUAAGCACAGGAAGGAGAAGCUUAAUGUUCCGGACACAGCCAUACUCUCAGAAGACAGAAAUUCCAGUGAGUCUGCCUGGAAGAACAAAAUUUCUAUAUCUGCCCUAAACACUCCAGAGCCAGCAAUGAUGCAUGAGCCUUUAGUUGGCAGCCAGAAAAGGAAAGCAAGAAAAACUAAGAUCACACAUCUUGUCCGAACAGCAGAUGGCCGAGUGUCACCAGCAGGAGGGACAGUGGAGGAGAAGCCAAAAGAGCUGCCACAAAGUACUCUUCAAAAAACAUCAAGUGCAGAAACAGAUUGCAACAGUGAAUGCUCCAGAAAUGCAGAGACAGAAGAAAAUCAUAGUAUUACAUCAGAUAUGCCAGCGGUGUCUGCAUUUUUUAGCUUAGCUGCUCUGGCAGAAGUUGCAGCCAUGGAAAAUGUACACAGAAGUCAGAGGGCCACACCUCUCCCACAUGACGGACAGCCAAAUGAAAUGUCUCAGGCUCCAGUGCUUAUUUCCUGCGCUGACCAGUGAAGCUCCACUUUAUUGUAAAACAUUGUGCUUUACCUAAUAUCCUAGCCUUGUCUUUACCAAGGGAAGCUAGUCAGUCCAUAUGAUGGAAACUGUAGACUGCAAGCAAGUGCUUAUUGCUCUGAGUGGCCCAGAAUUCACUGGAAGCCAGACGUUAGCAACUUGGGCCAGGUCCUCAAAUCGGAACCCAGUAUGUAGGAGGGUGAUAUUAAUUGUCUAUUAAUGAACAGAAGUGGAAUGAUCCCAGAGCUUGCUUUCUAUUGAAGGCUUUUAAACAGUAAAUAGGUGGUUGGUGUGAAAAAGGCUGCCUUUACUGUUAGCUCACACAGCAUCUCUUUUACCAACCAGAGAGUACGGCAACUAGUUUCGUAUAAUACCUAGUUAUUCUAAAUGAAAAUGAAAAAAAAAAACAA